AUUCAGUUUUUCAUCCACCAUUUGGGAGUCCAAAUCCUUCUCCAUGGGGCUGCUCUCAAUCCAGUCCUUGCCAAGCCCAUGUUUAUCUUUGAGAAUGACCUGGCUCGGGUGCAGGACCUUGAAUUUGGCCAUACCGAACUUCGUGAGGUUCUCAUGGUCCCACUUUCCGAGGCUGUUCAAGUUCCUCUGGCUGGCAGCCCCUCACUCCAGUGUGCUGACUGCACCACGCAGCUUGGUGUUGUCUGCCAGCACUCAGUCCCACUGUCCAUGCCACAGGCAAAGACGUUGAUACAGGUACGAAUACAAUAUCUGAGAGACACAGACGGAAAUCUUCAGCACAUUUACAAGUUUUCGAUCUUGCUCUCCUGGAACAAUGGUGUUUUACCAACCAGCCUCGGAGUGAAGAUUAAAGAGAACCCAGGAGCUCCGGGCUGCAGUUCUCAGCGCGGACUCAGGAUGUCACUGUUGGCCAAUGCGGGGAAGGGACUCCUCCGGCUGCGGCGCCCGCGCAGUGCAGCUUCGAUCCGGGCAGAGAAGCAGAAGCGAUCGUGCUCGGCUCCAGCCCGAGUUCCGACCGGCAGGAAAGAUUCAAUCGUUUUUCUCCGGUGUUGAUCCAGCCGCUCGGGAAGAUUGGUCGCCUGCAGAACGCGCUUCGGGACUGCGGAGAAUGGAGGGACUGCGGAGAAUGGAGGUCCGAGCGGCAACGCGGGGCCGAGGAGCCGCUGGGCGGGUCGCGCUGCUGGCCGUGCUGCUGCCGCUGUGCUGCCGGGCGGCGCCGGAGCGGCUCCGCUACGUUAUUCCCGAAGAGCUGGGCAGGGGGUCGCUGGUGGGGCCGCUGGCGCGGGACCUGGGGCUGAGCCCGGCAGAGCUGCCGGCGCGUCAGCUGCGGAUUGUCUCCGGUGAUGAAAAGCGAUACUUCGUUCUCGAGGAAGAGAGUGGAAACCUGCGCGUAAACGAGAGGAUAGAUCGGGAGGGCAUCUGCGGAGACGUGACGCCUUGUGUCUUCGGUUUGGAAACUGUCAUGGAAAACCCUUUCAAUAUAUAUCACGUGAGCAUUACUAUCCAGGAUAUCAAUGACAAUGCGCCGCGCUUUGACAAAGAAGUUGUUGCUAUAGAAUUGAUCGAGUCCACUCCUCCCGGGACGAGGCUCCCCCUGGGCACUGGCAGAGAUCCCGAUAUUGGGGUGAACUCGUUACAGAGCUACCAACUUACCCCCAAUCCGCUCUUCUCCCUUGUAGUGAAGGAGGACUCUGAUGGGAGGAAACAUGCAGAGCUGCUGUUGGAGAAAAACUUAGAUCGUGAAAAACAGAAAAGCCAUAAUUUGAUACUAACGGCAGUGGACGGUGGGGAUCCAGUCCGAUCUGGAACCACCCAGAUAAAGAUCGAUGUGACUGAUGCAAAUGAUAACGCACCGGUGUUCACCAAAGAGAUCUACAAGGUUGGAGUGCCAGAAAACCUUCCAGAAGGCUCCUUAGCUUUUCAGGUGAAAGCUACUGAUGGAGAUGAGGGUACAAACGCGGAAAUCACCUAUUCUUUCAACGACAUUGCAAGCAGUGCUCGCCAGCUCUUCAGUCUGGACCCCAAGACAGGUGACGUGAGGAUUACCGGUCCCCUGGAUUACGAAGAUGUGAAAUACUAUAAAGUAACUGUUGAAGGCAAGGACGGAGGUGGGCUGAGUGCGCACGCCAAAGUGCACAUAGACAUUAUAGACGUGAACGACAACGCUCCAAGCCUUACCCUCCUGCCUAUUUUGAACCCGAUACCCGAGGAUUCAGUUCCGAGCACAGUCGUGGCUGUGAUCAACGUUCGUGACAGGGACUCCGGAGUAAAUGGGGAAGUGACCUGUAAUCUUGACGGCGACUUGCCUUUCAAACUAGAAGCGUCAUCAGAGAGUACCUACAAACUUGUAAUUGAAAAUAGCCUGGACAGAGAGGAAGUCUCUACUUACAACAUCACGAUCAUCGCCACGGACCGGGGCAGCCCGGCGCUGUCGAGCCGCGCGGAUCUGGUGCUGGAGGUGUCGGACGUGAACGACAACGCGCCGGUGUUCGAGGAGGCCGCCUACAGCGCCUACGUGCCCGAGAACAACGCGGCGGGAGAGCCGGUGCUGCGCGUGAGCGCGCGGGACGCGGACGCGGGCGCCAACGGGCGCGUGAGCUAUGCGCUGGCGGGCGGCGGCGCGGACGCGGCGUUCGUGUCGGUGCGGGCGGAGACGGGCGAGCUGUACGCGCAGCGCUCGUUCGACUACGAGCGGUGCCGCGAGUUCGCCGUGGAGGUGCGGGCGCGGGACGGAGGGACGCCGGCGCGCAGCGCCACGGCCACGGUGCGCGUCUUCGUGCUGGACCGCAACGACAACGCGCCGCGGGUGCUGUGGCCGGCGGCGGGCGGGGCGGAGGGCGGCGGCGCGGGGGCGGGUGCGGGAGCGGGCGCGGGGCCGUUCGAGCUGGUGCCGCCGGGCGAGGCGGGCUACCUGGUGGCCAAGGUGGUGGCGGUGGACGCGGACGCGGGGCGCAACGCGUGGCUGUCGUACGAGCUGCUGCAGGCGCCGGAGCCGGCGCUGUUCCGCGUGGGGCUGCACAGCGGCGAGGUGCGCACGACGCGGGCCGUGUCGGAGCGGGACGCGGCCAAGCAGCGGCUGGUGGCCGUGGUGAAGGACCACGGGCAGCCGGCGCUGUCGGCCACGGCCACGCUGCACGUGGUGCUGGCCGAGAGCGUGCAGGACGCGCUGCCGGAGCUCAACGAGGACCCGGAGGCCGCCGACCCGCAGGCGGAGCUGCGCUUCUCGCUGGUGCUGGCUCUGGCGCUGCUCUCGGCCGCGUUCCUGCUGAGCGCGGCUCUGACGUUGCUGACUCGCCUGCGCCGGGCCGGGCCGCCCGCCGUCCUGCGCUGUCUGGGCACACGGCGCUUCUCGGCGUCGGGUCCCGCCGUUCCGGCCGAUUUCUGCGAGGGCACUUUGCCCUACUCCUACAACCUGUGCGUUGCUCCGGGCCGCGCCGUGCCCGAGGGCGCCUGGCUGCUGCCGCCCGCCCUGCUGCCCAGCGUGCCCGUUGAGGAGCCGCUCAGCGGGGAACCCUGCGGGAAUCGAAGCCCGAGUGACAGCGCCGGCCCGGGAGAUCAGCCCGACCACCUCCGCGCAUCGCAGAUGAUUGUGCAGAAUCACUUAUGAAAGAAACCGACAUACUGUACUGCAGAGCUUGUGGAAAUACGAGUGAAGCUUCAUGAAUGGAAAGAUUAAUGAUUAUUGAAUGUGGUGGAGUAAGGGCUGGGCAGGUUGUCCUUUGGAGGUGCCUGUUUGGCUGUUCUGAAGAUCAAAGAGAAUCAUUAAAUUUGGGGGCAUUUGAGAAUGGCUGCAAUGUUCCGUGUUUGUAGGGCUCUUGGAAGAAAGAGAUGUUUGACUGGUGUUUAAUAUUGGCUUAUUGAGAAUGGAGGAAUCUCUGUCUUUGGUAGCUAUGGCAACAGCCUUUUGUUCUCUUGCAUUUGGAGGACAAAUCACACAAUGAGGUCUGAAGAUUCUUAGGGCAAGUGAAAACCUUGUACGGCAGUUUACUUUUGAAUGUAUACAAGGUAGGUGUUGGUAUUCAGUCUGUCCAGGCUUUGGAUCUAGGCCUGAGGUUAUGACUCCAUGUAUUUUUCCUUCUGUUAUUCAAAUGAUUUUAAAGAACUGUGGCUAUAAUGUGUGUUUUGAGGUCUUGGAAUAGGCACCUGUGCCUGACAGGACUUCUGGAAAUAGUUUCAGGAAGAGAGGAGGUUUAGGUUGGAUAUAAGCAAGAAGUUUUUUUACAGCAAGGUCUGAAUCAGGAUGCCCAGUGAUAUGGUGAGUGCCCUGUCCUUAGAGACAUUCAAGGUCAGGCUGGACCAGGUUCUGAACAACCUGAUCAAGCUGCAGAUGUCCCUGUUCACUGCACGGGAGUUGGACUAGAUGACUUUUAAGGGUCUCUUCUAACUUAACUCUAUGAUUCUAUACGUACCAAGGCAUAUUCAGUACUGUUCAUCUUUGAAUACUUCACUUGUAUAGAUUUCAUUUCUUCCUUCUAGUUUAUGUCUCAAGACAGACCUCAGUGUGUCACAUAAUCCUUUAGAAGACUGGAAAAUAUCGCUAUAGACCUGGAGGAGCCUUUUAAGUUGAUACCUUGAACAUUUACAGAUGUUGAGACAUAGACUGUGAUAUACUUUACCUUAAAAUACCAUUGAAUGAAAUGCUCUUGCCUGUGGAUGACAUAUAUAUAUACUAUAUACUAUACUAUAUACUAUAUACAAGCCAAAUAUAUGUUCUGUGGUGUAACUGAAGGCUUUGAAUGUAUGGUACAGAGAGGGAUGGUGUGAAUUUGUACCUGGGGAAUAGUUGUCUCAGUGUGGUUUUGGCAGAGCAAUAGUUUGAUUUCAUAGUUGAUGCCAUGAUAUACAUGAUAUGCUGGGAUCCUGGUUCCUCUCUUUUAAUAGGCAUUGAUAGUUUCCUGAUUAUAAGAUAUUUGCAUGUGAACUAUGCACAUGGAACCACAAUGAAUGGCUUAUAAUUAUUAUUAUCAUUAUGGCUUAGAAUUUCUGUGUGAAACCACGUUUAAACAACAGUAUCCUCUUGUGUUGUGAUGUGAAGUUCCUACCUGGUCAAAAUUACAUUUUCAGGCCUUGGUUUCCAUGAGGUCAUGGUUCACGUUCAUCAUUUCUGGAGAAGGCUACUGCAGCUGGAACUGUGACUGUAGGAGACCCUUCCUUCUCUUGUCAGGGUCUCCAAGCACCUGAAGACGGAUCUUUAUGUGGGAAGGAAAUGAUGCAGAACAUUGAAAAGAAUGUCUCCAAAUUUCUCAGAAGUGUUUGCCUUAGAAUGAGGCCUAUGAAAAGGUUCUUGCAUCAAUGGUUCCUUCAUUCCUGUGGGCUUCAAAUAACAAUCUUUCUUCAUGUCAAAUGCUAUGCCUCCAUGAAUGUGCUAUUGUAUGAAAGAUGCUUAUAAGAUUUGGACACCAGACAUUCAUAGUCCUUUAUCACAGAAUCACAGAAGUGCAGGGGUUGGAUGGAACCACAACAGAUCAUUGAGUCCAACCCGCUGCUAAAACAGGCAGCCUACAGUAGGUUGCACAGGAGAGCAUCCAGGUGGGUCUUGAAUAUCUCCAGAGAAGGAGACUCCACCACCUCUCUGGACGGCUUCUUCCAGGGCUCUGUCACUGAUGGUGAAUACAUUUUCUUUGUGGAUGUAUGGAAUUUUCUGUGUUCCAGUUUCUCCACACCACUCCUUGUCCUAUUGCUACCUAUCAACCAAAAGAGCAUUGUCACAUGGACUUGAAUAGCACACUUGGGAUAUUUAUAAACCUUGAUGAGAUCAUCUCUCAGCCUUCUCUUCUCCAGACUGAACAGUCCCAGGUCUUUCCGCUCUUCCAUGUACAGGAGAUGCCCCAGACCCUGACCUUCAUGGUUCCCUGCUGGUCUCCUGUAAGAUCCCUAUUCUUUUUGAACUGAGAAGCCCAGAACUGGGCACAGUAUUACUUAUGUGACCUCACCAGGGCAGGGUAAAGAGGGAGGAUCACCUCCUCCUGUUUGCCACACUGUUCUUGAUGCACCCUAAUAUACCACUGGCCUUUGUGCCCACAAGGGCGCACUGCCUGCUCAUGGCCAACUUGCUAUGCGCCAGGACACCCAAGUCCUCCUCAGAGAUCUUUUCCAGCAGGUCAUCCCCUAACCUGUACAGAUGCAUACAGUUAUUAACUUCUCAGAGUAAUGAGGAAAGACCAUCUAUCUGCAUGUUACAGCUCUUUUUUUUUUUUUUUCCAAUGAAUGAUGUCCUCUUGGGUCACAUGAAUUUGCAAAACAAACCUCUUCUUAUCAAGUAUCUCAGUGUUGUGCUGAAGCACACUUUGUACUGCCAAGUAUGCUAUAUUUUCUAAAUAGCCCAUUCAAAAACGUUGUGCUUGUUCAUGGAUGUUAACACAGAACACAAAGUAUGAAACCUUUUUCUCUCUAGCAGGAGUAUAGGGAGAGCAGGCAGCUGGCUAAUGGCACGACCAUGGGAGAGGGAGAGUGUUUGCUUUGCUAACUUGUUUCUAAAGGGUGCAUUUACAUAUCUAUGGGAGACACUGACCAGGAAAGGAAAACAAGUUACAAGGAAUGUAGCACUUGGAUUAUCGUACACUGCAAGAAUGAGGAGGAAAAUGACAUUGAGAAAGGACUACAUAGACUAAUAUUGACAAUCUCUGCUGGAAAUAUCACUUCUGCCAAAAAGAGGAAGAAGUCAAAACUAUACAACAUCCAAUGCGUUACAGAAAACGAUGCCGAGAGGUGCCAUUUACAUUCUCAUCAUCAUGAACAUGUUGAAGAACAAAAAGGACAUGAACAGAACGAGUGCAGAAAGGCGAAUUCAGGCAAUCUGGUAUGUCUGUAAAAGAAACUCGCGGUGCCAGCGCUUCCACGGUUACUUUGUGGAGCCGUGCGUGCAGUGCUGGGCAGCGGCUGCGGGCGCCGCUGUUCACCACGGAGGAGAAUAAAAGCGGAGCGCUGCAGGCAGCCCCGCCCGCUGCGGCCCGGCUCGCUCUCUCGAUCGCUGUGUCGGUGUCCGGGCGGGCUCCGAGCGGCCCCGCGGUCCGGAGCGGUGCUGCAGGAAGGCGGAGGGGCGACGGGACCGGACGGCACCGGCCGCGAAAACGGAGACGGAAUAGAAGGCGAGAGAAAAGUGGAGGAAGAAGUCGGAGGCGGAGCGGCGCGGAAGCGGCGAGUGUGAGGAAGCGGCG